AUGGCAGCAGCAGGAGCGAGGACAAUAAGGGUUGUAAAGCCACAUGUGCCUUUGAUAAAGUUUCCAACCAGAAAGGUUAAUGAGCCAUUAAAAAUGGUCAAUAUCUCUGUGGCAAACCCAGGACAAAUGCUAGUGUCAACGCCAGAUGUCACCUCUAAACCUGUUGGGAGCAUGCCUCGUGGAUCUGGUAUUGAAUGGUCUCAGCUUCCAGCCAAGUAUCACAGAAAACCUCUCUCUCAAGAAGAGAUUGAGUUUAUUGAAUGUCCACUAGGAGCUGCAAGUCUUUAUCUUGUGACACCAUCAGCUGCCCCCCACAGCACCUCCUCCUCUUCCACAAGAAUGGUCGAAAGAAUGCAACAGGGUUCUGGUAUAGAAUGGUCUCAAAUGCCAGAUAAAUACCACAGAAAACAGCUUACAACAGAAGAAAUCGAGUUUAUAGAGAGAGGUGGCCCAGCUUGA